UGACGGUUUAUUACGCUUACUCACUAGCUUCAGCUGUUAAAAAAAACUAGAAGGAGAGGAAACGAUAAAGAUGGCCACGCUUCAAAAUGAUUUAUGGACCCAUGAGCGCCUACCGCUAAUUACGACAGCGGUACUUAGUACAGCGACCUUAUUGUAUAUGAUGACAAGAAAUUCUUACGACAGUGACACACAAAAGGCGCUGGAUGCUAUACCCACUCCUAAAGAAGGUCGAUACCCGUAUAUUGGUCAUCUUUUGAAUUUCAUAAGCAUGCAAGCUCAUAAACUGAAGCAGUGGCAUGACGAACUAGGCCCGGUGAUUCGAGUACAGAUGGGAGCCCAGCCAUGGAUAGUUGUGAGCGAUCCGGCUAUUGUCCAUUAUCUUUUUGUCACCAAAGGUGCUACAGCUUCGAAUAGACCUUAUCAAGUGAAAAGUACUCAUUACUACUCUCGAGAUAACAGUGGGAUUGCAUUUGGUAAUGCGAACGCAAGAUGGAGACGCUUGCGAGCAGUAGCGGCUUCAACAGCACUCUCCCCUUUGGCAGUGUCUCAAAACACGGGUUUCAUCAAAAGUGAAGCAACCAGACUUGUCACGGAACUUAUGUCGGCUACUAGCAAUGAUGACGGCGUUGAUCCUUUACGGCCGUUCCGUCGAGCAUCGGUCAACUAUGUAUUCCAAACCGUGUUCGGGACAUCAAUCGAGACAGAUGACGAUCCUCGUCUACAGUCGGCUCUGGAAUUUACCGAUCAGACCAACAUGUUGAUUGGAACACACAAAGAUAUCGACGGGUUUCUGCCGUUCAUGUCUUUGAUCAACAAACUCGCGGGUCGUAAAAAAAGCAAGAUGCUGAGUGAUUUCCUUUCCAAACGAGAUCCUUUCCUGCGUGGACUUAUUCGACAGGCCCUGGAAGGCGACAAGGAGUGUAUGAUGAAGACUCUGUAUAGCCAGCAGGAUGCACUUGAGUUAAAGGAUACAGAUCUAUGGGUCGUUGCAGGUGAUAUGGUGGCAGGCGCAGCGACCAAUGUGGGCUAUGCCUCCUGUUGGCUAUUAGCAAUCCUGCUACACCAUCAAGAUGUAUACAAACAGCUUUGCGAAGAAGUGGAUGCAUUUAUUGGCAAGCACGGUCGACUCCCUGACUUUUCAGAGCGUGAUGCAUUCCCCUUAUUGAUCUCAGCUCAAAAAGAAUCCAUGCGAUUUAGAGGGACGAAUGAUGUCACUCUACCUCAUUUGGUCGAAAAGGAUGUAUAUUAUCAAGGUUACCUUUUCCCUCGAGGUGUUUUGGUAUUGCCAUCUGCCUAUGCCAUGCAUAGAAACCCUGAACGGUAUCCAGAGCCUGACAAGUUUAUUGCGACUCGAUUUCUGAAUAACACUGAAACGAUGGCAUCUUCUGCUGCCGGCAAAGUACAAGAGCGGGACCAUUUCAUGUUUGGUUGGGGCAGACGUAUUUGUCCUGCAAUGCAUCUGGCCGAAGUCCAAAUGUUCGUAUUGUUAACAAAUGUGCUUGCUCGAUGUGACAUAAAGCCUCCGGCAGAUAGCAGUUUACCGGAUCUUGAUGAUGGCCGUGACGCCGGUGCAGUCAUGUCCCCACCACCGUUCAAGUUGCGCUUUGUAAAGCGGGAGAAUAGCUUGAUUGACUCAUAAGAUGAUGUCUACUACAUAUACCACUGCUACAGUAUACAUUGAGUACGUUAAAAAUAAAAACACAGCCUGUGUAGAGAAAAA